UUGAAACACAGUCAGUAUGUUAAAAAGCAUACACGUCAUGACUCCUAAAAUACAACCAGAAAAUGCUGAAAAUACGCCUUUCCACAUCCCUGUCAAGUUAUCAACAAGACCAAGCAAGUGCCAACAGCAGGUCUCUACCCAUGUUCACCUUUCUGUGAUUAGUCAAACAAUGCCAUUAACCCAUAUCGAACGUUUGCCUCUCUUGUCAGACAUCUAUUUGAAACCAGGAUAAAUUAUUUUUGUUAUUCAAUAUCUUUCUCAAAGCAUACUCUUGAAAUGCGCAAGAUUUUCUAUCACAACCAUUCCUUGCCAUGAAGGAUUUCCUUCGUAUUGAGAUGUUCAUGGAAUCACACAGCCCAAGAAACUAUUAACUCCUUUUUACCUGUUUCACUAUUGGAAGAUCUUAUUAGUCUCACACCCCACUCUUCCUCUGCAGAAGAUUUAUUUUAUUUCUUUUAUUUAUCUCUUAUUGACAAACCUGUUGCCACCACACUCUUUCAGGUCAAAAGUUAAUCAUCAAAUAAAUUGAAUAAAAUAACAUUUCGUCAAUACUCCCCUCUUACAUGUUUUCUUUUUAAAUUAAUUGCGCAAAAUCAUCUGUUGAUUCACCGUCCUGCGAGUGGAAUUCUUUCCAAUGUCGAACGUCUCUAUUUGAAUCUCUCCCUGGCCUUUGCUUUGAAGCGGACAUUCCACUCUCUCUACAUCUCCCUCAUCCCGAGGGUAAUUCUGAAAAUCGCAAACCUUCGUUUCGCUACAUUUGUUGCCUUUGGGGUUCCUGUAAAAUGCUAAACUGAGUUCGGGCUUCUCCAGAAUAAAACAAAAGCAGAAUUGGAAAACGACAGGGGCUGAGCAGAGACUAGAACACUUUUUUUUUAAAAGGGGCAUUUCAAUUGCACCCGGAAAAUAAAUAAAUACGCAAAAUUAUAAUAAACCCGAAAGUGAAUUCCCCCUCGCUCACUACUCUUUCUAGUACAGUGUAAGAAGAUCAUGUGGGUGUUUGAAAAAUUAUUUGAUGUGAAGACAAUACUUUCACUCUUGGUGCUUUUUAGCUCCGACUGGCCUCCACUCUAUUAUCAAUUUGGGGAGAUUUGUAAACUAGAUUGUUGUUGUUUAUUGAUCAGGUCUCCAGUUGAAGGGACUUUCCGGGUUUUCACUUCGGGAGCGGAGGGGGAAGGGGUGGCCGGAUAAAAUGUAACAUUUAAAAAAAUACACACAUACACAUACAAACAGCUAGCUGCGAGUUUCGUAUCGUAGGCGGCAUUCCCUGUACGGAUUCCCCACGUCACAGUUCCUUUGGAAAGCUGCAGUUUAUAUGUCGGGGAAGCCAAAGGCAAAAAUCAAAUCACCACCUCUCCGAGCAAAGCCAGAGCCGUCGGUGAGAUAAGAGCCACGGAACGGAUGGACACAAACGGCGAAGACGCUGUGGUUAUGGUGGGGCAGGCGCCCAGGGUGAGGCUACAGGACACUCAGUGGAGACGCGCUCGCCUGGCGCUCGCCUGCUGCGUGAGCUGCUGCUUGCUCCUGGCAACGCUGAGCGCCUACCUGCUGGUCAAACAGCUGCCUGUCCAGGAGGCUGGGCCACAGAAUUCCGAAAUGAUUGCACCACCGUUGGACAUCACUGAAAAACCCAGGGCUCAUCUGACAGUUUUAGCCAAAGAACCUUCGUCUCCUGAAAUCGAUGGUCAAUUUUCUGCUCUGCAGUGGGAAGAUAAGAAUGGACUUGCUUUCACAGAAGGCCAGCUAAUCUAUCAGAAACCAGCGCUCAUCAUUCCGAAGAAAGGAACUUACUUUGUUUACUCCCAGGUCUCAUUCAGAGACACUAGACGAGGGGUUAGAAACACUACUCAUAUCACUCUUAUCAUUAGCAAGUUAACCUCAAGUUACCCUGAACCCACACUGUUACUGAGUUCCACCAGAUCUCUCUUUGGAAAUGAAAAUCAUUGGAAGGUGACCAUUUAUUUAGGAGCUAUAUUCCAGCUACAAAGUGGAGACAGGUUAGUAGUAAAUGUCAGCAGCGUGGCUCUGGUUGAUAUUACCAAUGAUUAUAAAACUUACUUUGGUGCAUUUUUACUAUGAUUACUAUGAUUUAUUAGGGAGGGGAAUUAUACCGAGAGCUGUAGGGCUACAUAUUACACCUUUCUUCAAUUUCUAUCUGUCCAAUCCAAUUUGACAGAUACUCUUUAGCUCAGUCAGAAUACUACAGAAGACAAUGUGGCCCUUAGGUGAGGUUGACUCCCUCCCUUUAAAUCAUUACAUUGUUAGCAACUGGAAAGAACCCCCAAUGUUUAAAAAGUGCCCAGAAUUCAUAUUCAGUUAAAAAAAUGACACUAAAAUUACAGCAUAAAAGGAAGAAAUUCAGUCAACAAAGUGAACAAAACAGUUAGUUUGAGAUUCUGCUACAUUACUGUAUGUUUUUCUUCUUACAAGAAAACAUUUUUAGAUCAAUUCAUAUUUUCAAUUGAAGUUCUCAAAUUUAUGAUGUGAACUUUGUUGCUAUGCAAUAUAACAUUUUCAUAUGUAUUAUUUAUAUACUGUUAAAUGUUGGUACAACAUUAUAAUGAUGUAUAGCACUUAAAUAUUGUGAAGCUUACAGCUGAGUACAUCAUUAUGUAAAAAUGUCUCUGAUAUUAUUAGUUAUAUAUGUUUGAGUUAAGAGAAAGACAAGGCUGAUUGAAUAUUCAACAGUCGCUUCGUUUGCUGCAAAUGUUAUACAUCAUUUAUUCCUCAUUAUGAUGUACAUUUAAGCUACAGAUUGUGUGCAUUAUGUUUUAUAUUAAAACCGUUGUUAUUUA